AGACUCAGCUGGGCCUUCAAAGCUUCGCUGCAUAGUACCUUCUCCGAGCUCCAACCAGCCGCAUCAUAUCAGUCGGUUCUGCAUUUCUCGUGUUAGUAUGCCGGCUCCUGGAAAGCGGCAGUUUCUCAAGCUUAUUCGCCGUGGCCAAGCGCUCGUUGCUGGAGCUCCUGUUGAUCCGCCUUCCGCAAGCGCAAGCGGGACCUCCAUUCCCGAAAGACUGGGCACUUUCAACGACAAUAACGGAUGCCACCCCGUCUCUCUCACUGCCUCUUUGGUUCGGAAGAUGGCUUUUCACACUUCAGACUACAGUGUUUUUGAAAUUGACGCAAGCAAUGUCAUCAUGGAAACCACGUACCCGACUGCUUCAAGUGGCCUCGCAGAUGUCUACAAAUGUAUAUUGAACAGGGGCGCAAGUCAGGAAGGUGUUGCAGUCAAAUGUCUACGGUUCCCAAAUACAAGUAAAGCUGAAGUUGACAAGACCAACUAUAAACUAGACCGCGAACUUAGUAUCUGGGUCAUAUUAGAUCACCAGUAUGUGUUACGCUUGUAUGGUGUUGUAUAUGGUUUCGGGCCAUUCCGUGCUUUCGUCUCCCCCUGGAUGCCAAACGGGACUUUGGACUCUUACCUAGAUCGCUCAGAUCUCACGGCAGUAAGUAGGCUUACCUUGUUUAAACAAAUUGUGGAGGGUCUCAAGUAUCUCCACGAUAACAACGUUAUUCACAGUAACUUAACUAGUCUCAAUGUCUUGGUUGCUGCCGAUGGAUCCCCGCGCAUCGCAGGCUUUGGUAUCUCAAAUAUCGUCAUACAGUCCAGCCCGGCGUUCUCUUACCACACUGGCGGGGUUCGUUGGGCCGCUCCAGAGCUCCUCGAUCCCCCGGAAGAUCAACCCGUGCAAUAUGCCACCAAAUUCAGUGAUAUAUAUUCUCUCGGCUGUGUUAUGCUUCAGGUAUUAUACGGGAAACUGCCCUACUGGUGGCUAAAGACUGCCACGCACGUCAUUUCAGCGAGGUUCAAACACCUGGAGCCUAUUGAUACCACCUUUCAAAUUCAAGCACAUCACCUGAAUUACAUGCAGCGGUGCUAGUCAUUCAAACCCGAAACUCGCCCAUCGGUAGAGGAGCUCGGUCAUUCAUUGAAAGCGUAUGAACAUCGCGGCGCUGUGGCAGGGG